AAUCUUCAUUGCGUGAGAGUUUUGCAUAAUUAUUUUAAUAUUAUUAUAAUUUUUUAACAAUAAGUACGAUAUAUUUAAAAGUGAAACAAUGAUUAUAUUAAAUUUAUUUACAUACUUUGUAGUUAUGUCUGUUAUUUUAUUUAAUUUUGUGGUUUGUGAAGUAUGGAAUAGCGGACUGCGAGAAAGGUAUGAUGGAUAUGGAGUGGACUGGCUUUUUAUGCCUGAUGGAAAUGAUCAACCACAAGUUGCAGUAUUGAAAUAUACAGAAAAUGAUGAACGAGGCAUUUUUGAUGACUCACAAGUUUCUUAUAUUCUUCAUACUCGAUCUACUCCAGAAAAUGGCUCUCAAUUAUAUAUUAAUGAUACUAAAGGACUUCAAAACUCUGAUUUUGAUCCGUCUCGACAAACUAAAUUUAUAACACAUGGAUGGAAAUCAAGUGUAAUGAGUGCUGGUCUCAUCAAUAUGAAAGAAGCAUAUUUACAAUAUAAUGAUUUUAAUAUCAUUAUGGUUGAUUGGCAACCUUUGGCUGCAAGCACGUUCUAUCUUGGGCCAAUGAGAAAUACAGAAAGAGUGGGAAGAAUAACUGCUGAAUUUAUCGAUUUCUUAGUCGCAGAAACAGGACUUAAAACCGAAAAUAUUCAUUUUCUUGGGCAUUCUCUUGGAGCGCAUGUAGCUGGUAAUACCGGAAGUUUAGUAACUUUCGGACGCUUAGGAAGAAUAACUGGUUUAGAUCCUGCUCUACCAGGAUUUCAUUUGCUUACAUCGGAUAAAACUCGACUAGAUCCUACGGACGCUAUAUUUGUUGAUAUUAUUCAUUCAUGUGGUGGAGUCUUAGGUUAUUUAAAACCUUUAGGAAGUGUAGAUUUUUACCCAAAUGGAGGAACCCCUGUUCAACCUGGUUGCUGUUGUAUUCCAGAAAUAAUAGAAGCAUGUAGCCACGGUCGAGCACACGUAUAUUUUACCGAAAGUAUUGGUUCUAAAACUGGAUUUGUGGCGAAUAAAUGCGAUACUUGGGAUCAAUUUAUGCAAGCAAGUUGCAAUUAUUCUAAAACUACACUGAUGGGAGAACAUGUUGAUAAGAUGACUACUGGAACUUAUUUUCUCAAAACAAGAUCUGAGCCUCCUUACACUGAUCAAAUGGAAAUAACUGAUAAUAUGAUUUAAAUAAAAUAUUUAAUAUUUAAAAGUAAAACAUAUUAUAUAUAAAACCUGUUAUAGAAUAAAAUAUAUUAAUGAAAAUGAUAUAUGCAAGAUAUCUAGUGGAAAAUAUUUCAUUUUAAUAAAUAAUAAUUACAUUAUUUAACAUUUCAAAUACAAGAAACUUUAUGGUUUGUCAAUUUCCAAAUAUUUGAAAUUUCCAAAUGUUUGAAACGUUGAUAUUUUAUCUUAUCUACAAAAUACGCCUUGAUUCGAUGUAACUAACAGUUGCCAAUAACUAUGAGAAUAACUUAAUAAUCUUAAAUUGGUUUGUACAAUAAAGUCGUAACAUAUUUUUUGCGAUAACGAUGCGUCGCCGAUAGAACCAUUACGCUAUCCUUAAUACUUAAAGCAUAUAAAUGAUUUAACAUAACGUGAUUUGGUUCUGGUAAAAGUGUUGGUUCACACUAAAAUUGAUAUUGGUAAAAAUGAUAUUACUAUUUUGUAACAGAUUAAAAUGUUAUAUAAUAUAAUAAUAGUUAAUAAUUUUUUGUAAACUUACAGAUAAAGGAGUAUCUUUAUUAAGAAUAACUUGAAGCAAAUGAGGUGGCAAUAUUGGUGGUCCAGCCACUUUCUCCCAGGGUUUAUGUGGAGGAAUUUCUUGUCCAUAUUCUGUUUGAGCACUACUAGUAACACUUUCACUGUCUUUUGCAAGAGCUUGGAAGACCUCAAAAUCAGAUUUUCUGACAGAUACCAAAUUAUUCUUGGAACCCAUACCAUUAUCAACAAUUUUCUAUCAACCAAAUGUUUUAAUUAUAGCAUAUAAAAAUUAAUGUAUAUUUUAA